AUGUCGUUGAAGAUUAAGCAUCUCAAUUCAGAUGCUUCGUUUCUCCUCACCCUUGAGCCCACAUCUCGCUUACCUCCAACCCCUGGUCCCUUCGAUAGAAAGUUCACCAUUCUCCUCGAUCCUUGGAUUUCAGGACCUUCAAAGAUAUGGCAUUCCAAAUUCUCCAUCUCAACUCAUACAGUGCCAGCAUGUAUUGAGUCACUAGCAGAACUUCCUGAGCCCGAUCUAGUCGUGAUUAGUCAGGACAAAAGCGAUCACUGUCAUCGGGAGACUCUGACUCAGCUGCCAGCGAGUGGAGGAAAGACGAUCAUCCUGGCCGAACCAUCAGCCGCCAAAACCAUCAGAAGUUGGAAAUAUUUUGAUCCAGACAAGAUUGUUACAUUACCAAAAUGGCAGGACUCGUACCGAAGCCGAAAAUCUCCCGCCGUGUAUCGUAUACCUAUUCAUUCGCCCCUCCCUUUUGGUGUGAUGGGAGAAGUUACAAUUGCAUACUUGCAACAGAAGCCCGACAUCACUGGACUCCACAGCGCAAUUGGCAUAACCUACCGUCCGCCAACCAACAUUGAACGCUUUCUCCCCAUGACACCACCAGCUUCUCCACCGUCUAGUGCGUGUUCAAUAGUCUCCAAUCCUCUUAGAGAACGCGCUUUGUCAGUGCUAUUCUCCCCACACGGUUGCAGUUACAAAACCUUGUCACCUUAUGUCAGUUCGCAUCUCGUUGCCGAAGCAGCCUUACCUCUUACCGCACUACUCCAUAGCUUCGACACGAUCACCAACUCAUGGUUUCUUGGAGGCAAGAUUUGUCGUGGAUUCCCAGGUGGCUUGGAAAUUGCCCAGAAUCUCUGUGCUCGAGUCUGGAUCUCUGCACAUGAUGGCGACAAGAUCUUGAAAGGUUAUGCGACUACCAAACUUGUAGUAACGAAGUAUGACAAGGAGGACGUUGAAAGUAUAGUCAGUCCAAUGAGCGUGGGGUUCCCGAAUCGGAAAGGCACAGAAGUGGUGGUACUGCAACCUGGCGAUGAAAAAUGCUUGACCCAGGCUAUGAUGAGUUUGACGACAAGAUAUGCUGAUGAGAUAGAAACAUAA